CUGUGAACAGCAGUCAACCAACCUGUUUCUUGAGGUUGAACAUGUUGGAGGGGGCCAUGAUGGGAGAGCGGGAGGGAGAGGGGCGCGGGACUGGUGCGCGGCGAGGCGUGAAAUAGGCGGGAGGAGGCCGGGAAGACGCGCCCAGCCAUAUGCAAUCCCCGUUCACGUGAACGUCUAACCGUAACACGUACAGCUAGAAGCGCCCAGCUACAUUGUACGACCUCCUCCAGCACAUCCACAACGCCCCCGCACAUUCUCUCGCCGCCGGUAUAUCAGGGCGAGCAUCACUCAACAUCACUUACAAGACAAUUGCCAGUCGCUGCAACCAUGGUUAAGUCGACACUUGUUGUACGAGCCUCGGACGCGCUCCCCCUGGCUGCAAGCGUGGAUGACGAACAGACAGAACAUGCGCUACAAGAGCACAAGCAGCAAGCCAAGCUCAUCUUCCGACGGAUAACGCCCAACGCCGAACCCAGGUGCUCGAUCGAGAGCGCCCAGUACACACUCCACUACCUCAUUUCCGACAACGUUGUAUACCUCGUCAUCGCCGACAAGUCGUAUCCUCGGAAGCUAGCUUUCUCCUACCUCGAUGAGCUGUCGAAGGAGUUCGCGACGUCAUAUGGCGCGAAGGUAGACACAGCCCGAAAGCCAUAUGCAUUUGGUGGAUUCGAUACUUUCAUGGGCAAGACAACACGGCUGUACCAAGACACACGGACAGCGAAUGCAGCAGGUAGUUCAAACCUAGACAGGCUCAACGAUGACCUACAAGACGUCACACGCAUCAUGACCAAGAACAUGGAGGAGUUGCUAUGGAGAGGGGACUCACUAGACAGUACGUGCUCGACGCUGUCCGAGUUGACUAUGUGUUGUAACGCGUUGCACUCUUCAGGGAUGUCACACCUCUCAUCUUCUCUCCGGUCCGAAUCAGAAAAGUAUCGUAAAGCCGCACGAAACAUUAACAUCCAGGCGAUGCUACGCCAGUACGCGCCAAUAGGCGCAGUCAUCUUCAUUCUGAUCAUCCUGCUGUGGUGGAGAUUCUCAUGAGGUCUUAGUCGAUAUAGCACUGUCAUUGGCUCCUUCCGCCUUCGUUGCAUUCCUUCCGCUCCUUUCAUCGCUUCUAUGGACACAUGUAGCGGCCUCGUUCCGCCGUAGCACUCGCGUACACCUCGGCUAUAAGAUGCAUUGUCUGGCCAGCCACAGCACGAGUGGCCACGCUAGAGGGUAUCUGUCCGCU